AUGGCUCGUCGAUUCUCUGAAGCUGCGUCUCCACCAUCCAGAUCAUCCCAAGACUAUAAUAAUACUAAUAAUAAUAAUAAUAAUAGUAACAGUGCUGAUUCAACCUCACUGUUACAUUCUGCCCAUCCCAAUGUGUCGAGUGUGUCGCUGGCAUCCUCAUUCCACUCUGCAACAACAGACACCAACUGGGCGAAUCGACUCGACGACUUUGAACUCAAGUCACCUAUUGGCUAUGGCUCUUCGGCAGUGGUGUACGGCGCCGUAUACAAGCCUACCAAGCGAAAAGUCGCGCUGAAAAUGAUUGAUCUGGACAUGUUUGAGCGGAACCAGAUUGACGAGCUCAGGAGAGAAACGGCCCUGAUGGCUUUGUCCAAACAUCCAAAUGUCCUACGCGUCUAUGGCUCUUUUGUGAAUGGAUCCAAAUUGUACAUUGUCACACCUUAUUUAUCUGCCGGGGGGGUGACAUAUGUAGGUUCCUGCUUGGACAUUAUCAAGACAGGGUUCCAACAUGGGUUUGAAGAAGUGACGAUUGCUACGAUCCUCAGGCAAGCACUGGAAGGACUUGUGUAUCUGCACAAGAAUGGUCACAUUCAUCGUGAUGUAAAGGCGGGAAAUCUAUUGAUGGAUGACCAUGGCGGUGUCUUGCUUGCCGAUUUUGGAGUGUCCAGUUCAUUGGCCGAGAAUGGCGAUGUCCGAAAGACGUUUGUGGGAACGCCAUGUUGGAUGGCGCCCGAGGUAAUGGAACAAGCCGGGUAUGAUUACAAGGCCGAUAUUUGGAGUUUCGGUAUUACUGCUCUCGAGUUGGCUAAGGGCCAUGCCCCGUUUGCCAAAUUUCCUCCCAUGAAGGUCCUCAUGCUGACCUUGUCCAACGAUCCCCCGACCUUAGAUCGGGAGUCGACCGUGCACAAAUACUCAAGAGCGUUCAAGGAUAUGAUUGACUGCUGUCUUCAAAAAGAUCCCCAGAAAAGACCGACAGCAGAAAAGCUACUGCAUCACACAUUCUUCAAACAGGCGAAAAAGAAGGAAUAUCUUGUAAAGUCGGUUUUGGCCCAUGUUCCUCCCCUGGACCAGCGGCCCCACAAAAGGGUGCCACAAAAGGCUAUUACCUUUGAGUCUACAGAGCAGUGGGAUUUCGACACGCCCUCAACUGAAGAGCCUCCUGCUAGUGUUCCGCCCACCGCUGCCGCUAAUGUUGCAGCUACUCAUAAUACCACCACCACCACCAACAACAACAACAACAAUAAUGGCAAAAAGCAUAUUUCGUUUGGCGAUGUUGUUAUUCGGGACCCGCCCAAGCCAGAUCACGAACAACAACAGCAGCAGCAGCAGCAACCACCCCAACAGCCCAAAAAGAGCCGUUUUAGUAUAAAUCCAGAGAGUACAACCAACUCAACAUCGUCGUCCUCGGACAUCGCGCCUUUGCCCUUAUCUCGAUUAUGUAGUCAGGACAGUGUAACAGGUGAACGAAAGUCAAGGUUCGAAGUUCAACAACAAUCACAGCAACAGCAACAGCAACAGCAACAACAUCCAUCCUCUGGCUCCGAAAGCGCUCUCUCACGCGAAAACUCAAAUUCAUCCGGCUUAUCACUACCGCGGAACAGUUCAACGAGUUCUACGAAAUCGAGUCGUUUUUCUGUCGAGAUUGAAAAUCCUGCAGGCCGGGAACAUCAUCACCACCAUCAACAACAACAACAACAACAACCAUCGUCUAACCCGCCCGCAGCAUCCAAUGAAGCAGCAGUGGCAGCAGCAACUGCAGCGGCAAUAGCUACAGGACCAGGAGGACCUUUACCCCCAGAGUGUCGCAAGAAGGGCCGAUUCGAACUGAUUGGCGACACAACGACUACAUCCAGUGCCUCCGGUACUACUACUUCAACAACAACAAGCAAACCCAACAACAAUAACAACACUAUCACCACCAGUACUCCAUCUACCCACCCACACGAACAUGUCGAGUCCCCCAUCUCUUCCUUAUCCGGAUCGCCCAACACAUCACCUUACACUUCAUUAUCGCGCGAUCAUCAGUCUACUGCCAACGCCGCACGACUCUUGACAAGUGCAACAACAACUUGUCAUGACAACAGUAAUACCGCUGGUGGUGUGCCUGCUAUUGUAUAUACCCAACUGGAAGCCUUGCUGAAACAGACCGACACUCAGCGAACUCUACUCAACGAUAUGAUGAUGAAUGUAAAAAAAAGUCCUGAAACGACACUGACAACCCAUGAUACUGUGGAACAUUUACAACAACUCUUGUCCGCAUCUCUCCGUGAACGUGAUCGGCUCUCUCGGGAGAACGACGCUUUAAAACGUGAGGUGGAUCGUUUACGGCGCCACCAAUAA